UGUAAAGUAAAUAUUUCGCACGGGUUUCAAAACUUUAUUUUUUUUUAAGUUUCUUCUUCUUUUCCCAAACUAAAUCAAAAAUAAAUAAAAAAAAACAAUGACAGGUGGAAACACGGGUGAUGAAUCAUCUUCAUCCAAAGACCGUAUGAGGGUCAGAAAGAGUGACAAAGUGGAACUCCAAUCUAUGGAUCAAGCUAAAAAUAAUCAUUAUCAUACUGAAUUCGCUGAAGAUUUGUCUCGUUCGUAUUCUCGAUCUACACCCCCCGGAUCACUACUCUCUAAUACAGAGCUUGAAAAACCUCGCUUAAAGAGAGCCUUGAAAGCCAGACAUGUAAAUACACAUCUAUUUCCCCCCCCCACACACACACACAGGCGAUCCACUAACCUAGAUAUCAUAGUUGACCAUGAUUUCGCUGGGCGGAACCAUCGGUACAGGUCUCUUUUUGGCUUCUGGUGCUUCCAUCGCUAACGCGGGUCCCGGUGGUGCUUUGAUUGCCUACGGUCUCAUUGGUUUAAUGGUUUUCUUUAUGAUGGAAUGUUUGGGUGAAAUGGCUACCUAUUUGCCCAUCUCGGGUAGUUUCAAUAAUUACGCUGGUAGAUUUAUUGAUCCCGCUCUUGGUUUUGCUCUUGGCUGGAAUUAUUGGUACAACUGGGCUGUCACUGUAGCAGUUGAAUUGACUGCAGGUGCCAUGGUGAUGGAAUUUUGGUUACCUAAUUUCCCUAGUUACGUUUGGUCCAUUAUCUUUUUAAUCUUGAUCCUUUCUCUCAACUUGUUCUCGGUCAAAGGCUAUGGUGAAGCUGAAUAUUGGUUUGCUCUUAUCAAAGUACUUGUUGUCAUCAUCUUCAUUAUUCUCGGUAUCCUCGUCGAUACCGGUGUGUUGGGUGGUGUCAAUUACGGUAUUGAGACUUUCAAGUACGGUGGUGUCCAAGGCAUCGGUGUCCUCAGCACUUUCUUAACAGCCGGUUUCUCUUUCCAAGGUACAGAACUCAUCGGUGUCGCUGCAGGUGAAUCCGAAAACCCUCGCAAAAACGUUCCCAAAGCCAUCAAACAAGUCUUUUGGCGUAUCCUUCUCUUUUAUAUUCUUGCCAUCUUUAUCAUUGGUUUAAUCAUCCCCUAUGAUGACCCACUCUUGUUAAAGAGCGAUGUCUCUGAUAUCUCCAUCUCGCCUUUCACCCUGGUCUUUCAAAAGGCAGGCUUAUCCGCCGCUGCUCAUUUCAUGAACGCCGUUAUCUUAACCACCGUCUUAUCUGCCGGUAAUUCCGGUCUCUACGCCUCCAGUCGUACCCUCUACGAUCUCGCACUUGAGAACAAGGCUCCUAAAUUCUUCACUAAAGUCACAAAGAACGGUAUCCCCAUCUACUGUGUGUUGGCUACCGCCAUCAUUGGUAUGUUGGCCUUUUUGACUUCCCUCUUUGGUAACGGCGUAGUCUAUAACUGGCUCUUAUCCAUCUCGGGUAUCGCAGGUUUCAUUGCUUGGCUUGGUAUCGCCGCCUCGCAUUAUCGCUUCAGAAAGGCUUAUGUGGCUCAAGGAUACAAGGUCGAAGAUUUGCCCUUCAAGGCACGCUUGUUCCCUAUCGGUCCCAUCUUCGCCUUCGGUAUUUGUUCAUUUGUGUUGGUAGGUCAGGGUUACGAUACCUGGAUGGCAAGACCUUUGGUAGCUGCUGAUAUCAUAGCCUGUUACAUUGGUGUACCCGUCGUUGUCAUCUUGUUCGUGGGCUAUAAGGUCAUCAUGAAGACAAAACUGGUUCCUUUAGAAGAAGUUGAUUUAGAUUCUGGACGUGAAGAAAUCAUUGCGUAAGUUUUUUUUUUUUGGUUGUAUAAGUGAAAGUGGGGGUGCGUCAUGCUAAACCCUUUUUUUAUAUAUAUAGUCAUACGAUUGAGAUGGAGGAUCGCAAACAAUAUGAUCCUUUAGAAGGUGUGAGUAUCCUCAAACCUACUACUUGGAAACGCGUGCCUCAUAAUUUGAAAUCUUGGAGAGAUGCCUUUAAUAAUUAAUCUUUUUUUUUUUUUUU